AUGGGUAAUAUAUUAGGAUCUAGAAAAAAAUUACCAAAAGAAGAUUUAGAAUUUUUAAGAACAAAUACAAAUUUUACAAAAAAACAAAUUAAACAAUGGUAUCGUGGAUUUAUAAGAGAUUGUCCUUCUGGUCAAUUAAGUAAAAAAAAAUUUAUUGAAGUUUAUUCUGGAUUUUUUCCUGAUGGUGAUGCUGAAGAAUUUUGUACACAUGUAUUUCGAACAUUUGAUAAAGAUAAUUCUGGAAAAAUUGAUUUUAAAGAAUUUCUAUUAGCAAUUAAUAUUACAUCAGGUGGUAAACCAGAAGAAAAACUUGAAUGGGCAUUUCAAAUGUAUGAUAUUAAUGGUAAUGGAACUAUUGAAAAACAUGAAAUGGUUGAAAUUAUCAAAGCAAUUUAUAGUAUGCUGGGUGCUGAUGAAUCAACUGUUGAUUUAAGUCCUGAAGCGCGUACAGAUGAAAUAUUUGAAAAAAUGGAUAGUAAUUCUGAUGGAGUUUUAACAAGAGAAGAAUUUAUGGAUGGUUGUAUGGCAGAUAAACAACUUUAUUCUAUGUUACUCGCUGAUGAACCAGCUGAAUAA